CCGAAGGUGUCCCAUCUGAUGAUGCUCAGAACUGUGCCUUAUGCAUGUAGUGUAUGUGUAAAUGGCAUCUUGCCUUAGAAUAUAACACUUAUGUACGACUAUAUAACUAGAUACUGACCUAAAAAGAAAUAUUAGCUAUGCCAUUUGUUUCGACUAGUGCAGGUACGGUUAGAAAUAUGCUACAUCGAUUUGUGUUCCCGAAUCGAACGACCACAAAAGUGCAUUUCACAUUUACGUGUGUGUUUUAACAUAGGUAUGUAGAUAUAGCUGUGUUUCUGACAUAGUGAAGCAGAUAAUUAACAGUGGCGAUUACUUUACAUGUAACAAGCCGGCCAGGUAAAUAGGUAUGAUUUGUCCAAGUGAUUCCAACUGUAGUUUUUCUGGAGAAUGUCAGCAUCGACUAUCGAUUUGCCAUAACACUUACGCAGGGCAUUAUUCGAUCAUUCAUUCAGAUGCUCCACUGUGAAUGAACAUGUACUCUUUCACCGUGGGACACGCUCGUGUAACAUCAAAAUUGGGAAUAGCUAUAGUACGAGUUUAGAGCUGCAUUAUUUUCACCAAAUCGACAGCACUAGCGUAUCGUAUACUUUAUUAACAUUUAAUUUUCCUGUUAUCACUUAUAUUUCAUUAAUAAAAAUGGUAUAUCGGAACCUCGAUAAGUAGUAAAACAAGAUCUGGUUAGCCAUAUUGACCGAUGUGAAAUUUUAAGUUAAGAUACAAAUGCACCAUGAAUUUGCAUAUGCCUAAUGUCUGCGGACAGCCUGGUCCGUGCCAUGAACCUUUUACGGAAUGACGCAAUGGCUGUGCUGCUUUUUUCCUCAUUGCCAUAUUAAAUAAACCCUGGUCGUGGAAGGACAUUUUCGGCGUUGGAUGAAUUUAUUCAUUGUUUUCGUACAAAUAUAACUAUAUCUGCUGUACUCCACACGGUGUCUUUGUAGUCUGCAUCAGUACGGCGUACCUGAAUUUAUGUAGCAUUUGCUGGGAGAACCCAAUUCAAGAACUAUUGUAUCGUGCCCUGAUGUUGUGCAAAGCAUUUUCCUUGAAUGGAUCUUAGAUAUCACGAAUAUUGUGAAUAUCCUGUUCUCCGUGCAUUUAAUAAACCAUGAUAUAAGUAUUACGUGACAAAGGGCGGUUGCCGGGAAACCGCUGGCUGCACGCUUUCUAUGUGUCUCGUUCUCCUCAUGCUUAUUAUCCUCCCAUUCACCAUAAUAUCAACGAAUGAACAAUUCAUAAAAUGUCCAUACGAUGAAAAUGCACCCCAUUCACACGCACGUCCGAAUCCCAUCUUUUCAGAAUGAAAAACUGUACAUUUGCUUGCUACAAAAUGUGUCCAACUUAGCAGCGGAGUAGACAUUAAUUAACUACAGUAUCUAUUAACAAGGCAUUCUAAGAAAUUUUAUCUAAUGCACGGUUGUGUUACUAAAACCAUUCCAGUUUCUGUGCACUCAAUUGCGUCAUAAUUACGAAGCGUAAAUUCAUCGUAGACAACGUGAUACGCAACUUGACGUCCCUUGACGUUUCUUCUCCCACCAUGAUCGAUGGUACUUUUACAGCGAUUUGUAAAGAUGAACUUACACUCCCACUUCGCUCCAAGAGAUCCUUCGUGAACAGCCUUUGCUGUCUGAUUUUCGGCCUGGUGGUCUUCCUGUGUGCUGUAGUGCUGGCAUCUAUAUACUUGUACAAGUACUACUUUGUAGUGCAGGAGCAGCCACCCGAGGAGAACCUUUUCCACUGUCGAGUGCUCUAUGAGGACUCCAUCUACGCCCCCCUGCGUGGGCGCCAGGAGCUGGAGGAGAAUGUGGGCGUUUACCUUGAGGAUAACUAUGAGCAAAUCAGCGUGCCUGUGCCACAGUUCGCUGGGAGUGACCCUGCUGACAUCAUCCAUGACUUCCAAAGGGGUCUAACUGCCUACCAUGACCUUGCUCUGGACAAGUGCUACAUCAUCGAGCUUAACACCACGGUGGUCCUCCCCCCACGGAACCUGUGGGACCUCCUGAUGAACAUCAGGAGGGGAAGCUACCUGCCCCAAACCUACCUAGUCAGGGAGGAGAUGGUAGUGGCAGGCCGAGUGAGGAACCUCCGAUCUCUGGGAAUGUUCAUCCAUCGGCUGUGCAGCGGCAAGGAGACCUUCCGACUACGACGACGCCAUUCACGGAGACGUAUCGAGAAGCGCGAUGCACUCAACUGCCAUAGAAUCCGUCACUUCGACAGCACCUUUGUGGUCGAGACGGUCAUCUGCGAUUCGGCCUAAAAUCCAGAAACUCGGUUCAGUUCAUCCACUAAGAACUGGGUUCCGUGCGUGUUGCAGUUGCACUUUACAGCCCGUUGUACUGGAUGCUGUCUGAGACCAUUUAAAUGUCCCUCAUCCUUAUUUAUUAAUUCUCUGUCGUCUUAUGUUUGUUGAAAUAAUGUGUGUUUUGUAGGAUUUUUCAGUUAUUCCUCUAAGAGUAAAUGUUCUUUUUUUGUCGUCUUGUUAUUUAUAACUUUGCUUUUUGCUGUCGGUCGACAAAAUGAAUGGGCGAUUCUGUUAUUUAUACCAAACAUGUCCUGGUAAUUUCCAUUCCAGUCCUCACUCCUGGGAACUGUAGCGUAAAAUAUUUCUUAAUCCAGUAACAAGAUAUAUGCAGUGUUGGAUAAGAAUUAUGCUGCUUUCUGUGAGAACAUGUUCUGUCUAUUCUGUAUGUUAAAAUAGUAAAUACAGAUUGUACAUGAUAAUGCUGUAUUUAUUAUAUAAAUGAUUUGUAUGAAAAAUACUUCCAUGCAUCCGCACUACAUCUAUGUUAAAUAAGCGUUUUGCAUGUCAUGUAAAUGGGCGUCUUUAUUUUUAAAGCAUACGUCAGAUUUGAUUUAUGGAGUUUUGUUCAACUUAUACUUUUGUCUGUGAUUGAUUUAUAAAAUUUUCAUUAUUUGGUUUUUAAAAUGCCUUCAUCUUCUUCUUCUUUUAAAAAAAAACGUUCACAUUUUGUGCAGUUAGACUGUCCCCCAGGAACUUUGUCUCCUGGAUUAGGUGUUGAUGGAGUAGGCUAUAAUUUGCGAUCUGGAUUGUGUAAUUAAUUUUAGAAAUUUCGUUUUGGGUGUCCCAGAAAACCUCAUUAGCCUGAGCUUCCCCCAGUGUGGAUUAAGCGCUAUUUCUAGUAUCUGAUCUCUUCUGUAACGUCUGGAUCGCAGUAGAGAUGGGAACAGUAAUUCACAUAAAAUGGUCCUUUUUGUUGUUUUCUCAUCCUGCAUGUCUGUUAGCCAGAAUUUCAAUCUCUAAAAAAAUAGCAUUUUGUAAAACGAUUUGAAAAAGACUUGACUUAGAAUCUGCUACAUUCAGAAAAAGUUAUUGGUCGAUUUGACCACUCUGAAUAUAGCUGAUUCUAAUGUACAUCCACUAAUCACACCCUUUCAUUUACUCUGUUUCCAAAGCUUCUUUAUGAAUUAAUAAACAUGUGAAUCUAAA